AUGGCCAGGAAUAAUCUCACCACAGUAACUGAAUUCAUCCUCACAGGCUUCACUGACUACCCUGGCUGGGAGAUUCCCCUCUUCUUGGUGUUUCUGGGUUUCUAUCUAGUCACCCUCCUGGGAAACUUGGGGAUGAUCGUGCUGAUCCAAGUGGACACCCAGCUCCACACACCGAUGUACUUCUUCCUGAGUCACCUCUCCCUUCUGGAUGCCUGCUACACCUCAGUCAUCACACCUCAGAUUCUGCUUACACUGGCCACAGGCAAGACAGUCAUCGCCUAUGGCCAAUGUGCUGCCCAGUUCUUCUUCUUCACCAUCUGUGCAGCAACAGAGUGUUUCAUGCUGGCAGUGAUGGCCUAUGACCGUUAUGUUGCUAUCAGCAACCCACUGCUCUACACUGUGGCCAUGAAUCCCAGAAUCUGCUGGAGUCUGGUGGUGGGAGCCUAUGUCUGUGGGGUCUCAGGAGCCAUCCUGCGUACCACAUGUACCUUCACCCUCUCCUUCUGUGAUGACAAUCUCAUCAACUUCUUCUUCUGUGACCUUCCACCACUGCUGAAACUUUCCUGCAGUGACACAACAAAUGCUGAAACUAUCAUUAUCAUCUUUGGCAAUGUGAUUCUGGUCAAUGCCUUUGUCAUCUUGAUUUCUUACCUGCUCAUCAUCAAGGCCAUUGUGAGGAUGAAGUCUCCAGGUGGCAGGGCCAAGACUUUCUCCACAUGUGCCUCCCACCUCACCACUGUGGCCUUGUUCUUUGGGACCCUUGUCUUCAUGUAUCAGCAUAGUGGACCUGGAAAAUCUUUGGAUGAAGAGAAGGUGGUGUCUGUCUUCUACACAGUUGUCAUCCCCAUGUUGAACCCUCUGAUCUACAGCCUGAGGAACAAAGAUGUGAAAGCUGCCUUCAGAAAGCUUAUUGGUAGAUUCAAGUGUCUCAAAGUACAUAGAUCUGAGUGA